CGCCACUUUAUAUGACCGAUAAGUAAUAUAAAAUUCUACUUUAUCUAUUACUUAAAUCAGACACGGGUGGUUUUUUGAACAAUUUUUGUCAUUAUUUUCAAUUCAAGAAAUAAAAGAUGAAGAUCGCAUUGGUUGCCGCAGUUUGCUUAGUUUUGGUGGCAGUUGUCGCUGCUGAGAAUGCAAAACAACGGCCCACCAGGAGACCUAUAAAGAGAUGCAAUGACGGAGAUGAUUGUGCUGAUGACGAAUGCUGUGUGGGAGUUUUGUUCUUAAAAGGCACCUGUCGCCAACGACUUGGAGAAGGAAAGCGAUGCAAUGGUGAUGAGGUUGAUAUUAGGGGAAAAUAUUUAGUCCGAUGUCCUUGCGCUGAAGGCUUCAAAUGUGUUCCUGAGAAAGUAGAAGAGACUAUUUUCGGUAAAGUCAGAAUAAAUGAAAGAUGUACAGCAGGUGCUUCACCUUCUCCUCAACCUGAAAUUACUACGAAUGGACAAGUCUCCAGAGAAACAGUUGAAGAACAAUCCACCGCAGAACCAGAGGUGGAACUAUCCACCGCAAUUCCAGAGGAAGAAUAAAUAUCAAUUGGUACCGGAGGACUAAGAAAUUAGAUAAAGAAUGAGAAACAGAACAUGUCAAGAUUUGGAAUGUACGAACUUGUGACAGCUGUUUCCAAAAAUAAAGCAUAACGUAUUUACGAAAAAAAAA